AGAUCAAAGUCCAGGUCAGGGUACAUGACCUCAAUCGACUCCACGGAUAUCCGGUUGCCAGUGCAGUGGUUGCAGUCAGGCAGGAUUCACUUUUCACGGUCGAUCUACAGGACAUACAAGUCAUGUAGGUUGACUUCCAUUCCUCCACAAUCAUGUAGAUCUAGAUCUGCCAUGUCAUGACGCAGUAGGCCUUUCUUGCCAAUCAUAUACCGGUAUCUUGGACUCUGGGCCGAUGAGGAUUAUUGAUUGUGAUUGAGAAGAGAAGAUUGAAGGUCAAGGAAAGGCCAAAAUCGUCCAAGAAGCUAAGGCCUAUAGCAGUAUAGGCUACACUACAGCUUACUUUGGGCCGACUCGUUGGCAGCUUGAAAAAUCGGAUAUGCAGCGGCAGCCGAGUCCUGGGCCGGGCAGCAGCAGCAAGAACAAAGUGUGGGACAAGCUCAAGUCAGACAGCCGUGCCAAAGGCUCCCCGUUGUAUUCGGAACUUUCCGCGAUUCGACUAGAACGAAGCUGGAAGAAGCUGGAGGGGUUGCAGAGGAAUGCAAAGAUCGGAAUCCCCGAAAUCGCCAGACAAUAUGAAUUAGCCAAGAUUGAGUGGUCGUUGCAUGAUAUUUUUGUAAUAGCAACGCCUAGUUCGUUGAAUAGAGCAGUCUUCCCCUCGGACGAAGUCAAGAGGAAACACGCCGUGGUAAUCGAGAGUCUUCGACGACUGGCUGGCCCUCCCGAAGAGGACGUAGCUGACUGGUUCACAGUGGAAGCGAGGCUGCUAUAUGCUAAGCUUCUGUUCUCCAUUGGCGACUCGGAGGAGUUCAUGCUGGUGCUGAAAUGUUUGAACUUGGAAGAAGAGCAUCGCGCGGAAGCCGAGUGGCCCAUACAUGCCCGACGGCUGCAUGCGGAGUGCAUGGCCAUGAGUGCUUGGAGCUGCGUGCAGCGAACACUAACACUGCUGGAGAAUGCGGCGCAGCAGAGGAAUUCACAGGAGGUCCUUGACGCUCUACAGAAAGCUAUCAGUACGUCCUUACUGUACCUGGAAGACUUGGAGUGCUCAUUCGGUGGCGGCGCAGCGCCAGGAAGCAAACUCAUCACUAUUGGCGCUGCUGUGAGCGACUGGCUUGAAGAAAUACUAUGCACUGCUCCGCUAUUGUACCUGGCACUGGGCCUCACUGAUGUUGCAGUGCAGACGUUUAGAAAGAUCAUGGAAGCAUCACCGUCCAGGUUCUCCGCGGGAUUACGGUUACGCGCUGCCGGCCAGCUUUCCCUCACACUGCUGAGAGCAUUUCCACAGAGCUACACAGAGGAUGCAACUGAGUUACAUACGUCAUGUGACAUAGGACUGGAUUGGAUGUCACAGGCGGAUGCGAGACGUCAAGAAUGUCGGCGGGAAGAGUUGGUGCGGGCCGUGUGCAUCGCUGAGCAGCUGGUUCGAGAAGGAGCGGUGGAAAGUCGCUUUCCCAAAGACAAGGCCGGGCAUGACAUCUGGUACGGCAGUCAGGCAUCAGCAGUGUAUGAUGUAGCCGUUCUGGCUCUCGCUAACCGUGAUCAAAUAGAGCUGGCGAGCCUUUUGGAACACUCGUUACGAUACGCAUUUGAUGACGAGCACAUGUGGAUUCAGUUUGGCCUCUCACUGAUGUGCUGUGGUCGGUUUGAGCAUGCACAGGUCGUGCUGAGACAGUGCUUGGCCCAGCAUGCGCACAGCAAGGAAGCCGCACUGCUGGUCUGCAAGCUGUGUACGGUACACAUACCGAACGCUGCCGAAGCCGUCCGCUAUGCCUCUGCUCUGGUGGCGAAGCACCCCAAGAUGGCAGCGGGCCACUUAGCUCUCGGUCUGGCAUUCGUUCUUCAGUCACGUCAGAUCAGCACGGAUGAAGCACGGCAGCAGGCCAUAAACAAAUCACUCGAAUCACUGCACACUGCGCAAGAACUUGAUUCUGGCAAUCCUGUAAUCACGCUGUACCUCUCCUUGCAGUUAGCAAACCAGCGGCGUAUUGCAGACAGCAUGGAGGUCCUACUGGAGCUGCUCCAGAAGGACCCAACACACAUGCUUGCCCUAUGGUUGGCCAUCCUGCUGCAGACAUCGCUGAAGAACUAUACGGAUGCUGAAACUCUGUGCAGCAGGGCACUGUACGAGUAUCCUCACGACGAGCAGUUCUUGCUCCUGCGAGUUAAGAUUGAUGCUGAUGCCCGGGGGCCAGCUGCUGCACUUGUCACUGCCAAGUCAUACAUUAGCGAACAACAGCUGCAUAGAUUGCCAUUGGAGGCACAGAGUCGACUCUGGCUGUUCCUGGCCGAACUCUUCCUCCAGAACGAACAGGGCAAGGAUGCUGGCGAAUGCCUUGAGAAAGUCGGUGACACGACCACAGCUGAGUACCUGUACCUGCGCGGCCGUGUCAAGCUGCUGGAGAAGAGGUUCAAGGAUGCUGGCGCACUGCUAGAGGCCGUCCUGGCGCAGGAUCCGCAGCACGUGCCCAGCAUGCUGGCUCUGGUCUACAUCUACAUGCACAGUGGCAAUCUGGAUAUGGCCGAGCACUACACGUCACAGGCACUGGCCGUGGAGCCCUGCAAUCACUUUGCCUGGGCACGGCGCGGUGCAGUGCUGCAGCGCAAGCUCAACCACGAGCACACUGCCGAGUGCUUCAUCAAUGCCAUACACUUGGAAUCAACGCAGCCUGCAAUGCCGUUCAAUGAUAUUCCUAUUAUCUUCUAGCAAGCCAGAAAAAAAGCAUAAACGGUCAGCAUUUUCACUAGGCAGCCAUGCCAUGAAGUUUGAACGAUUGCAUUCUUUCAGAACUUCCUUGACCAGUCUGUACAAGAUCAGAUGACUUUACUAGAUCCUCUCUCUCUUCUUCUCGCUGUCUUAUCCUGUUGAUGCGGAGGCCAUCUCUUGAAUCCGAGAUCGUUUGGUCGGUCCACCUCCUCAGCAUACAUGCCAGGUUUCCUUAGACGUCCCUAUCUCUCUGUACUGCCCGCGUCCCAUUGUGUAGCCAACUCCCUCCCUUUAUUUAGACCGACCAAUGCUCUUCUUCAGUAAAAAAUCUCACGAGCACUUCAAAGAUGUGUUUCUGCAACAUUCCAUACCUGUUUUUUUUUUAAACACACAAUGUGUCAUCAUACUUAAAAAAAAGCACUGCUAGAUAUACUGGACUGUACUGUAAGAUUUUACAAUUAUCAGUACAACUUACUACUUGUCAAGUAUGCGCAGUACUAUUGGAUUGGCCUUGGCACGAAACAAUCAUGAUUUAUGGUCAUGCUUUCACAAAAAUGCUCCCAGCAAUGGUUUGGCUGCUUCCUUUUGUAGGUGUUUUCCUGGAAUUUUCUAUGUGUUUGAGCAUUUGUGCUGGAAGUAACAGU